AAGUAUGGGGGUUACCCCUUCUCGCUCCCCCCAGAACUACAGCAGGCCGGAGGAUCUUUAUAUGGCCGUUAAAGCAAUGGGUAAUAGAUAUGGCCAGGCCCUUGACUCCAGCUCCCUCCCCCACCCCUCAGCCUACACGGGGGGGCCUAAGUACCUCUCCUCCUUGGCUAGGGACUCCUCCUCCCUCCCCAUGGACUACUCAAGGGGUCUACCCCCCAAGUUCCCUGGGGGGCUGCAGGUGCCUGGGGCGUUGACACAGCCUGGUAAAAUGUCUCCCGGUGGCAGAGUCUCUCCUGGAGGCAGAAGCUCUGCUCUGCCCCUCAACCCCACCACCCUGGCCAUGCUCCAGCAGCACAACUAUGUGCCCUACUUCAGAGGCCUCAAACAGGACCCCCUACUACCACCUGAAUCUCAACCUAAGACGUCCCUGCAUCUCAAUUUACCUCCUCACGGUCACGGUAGUGAAAGUGGUCGGAGUACCCCCAGUUUGUCCACGUAUUCCGAUGGCAAAUCUCCCUCCUUCACCUAUGUGGCUACUCCCAGGCAUUUCCACGUACCAGAGACUAAGGUCAAGAUAGAUAAUAUCUAUAGAAAACCCCCUAUCUACAGACAGCAUGCCUCUAGAACUUCCUGGCAAGAAGGAGACGACAUCAAGACAAGGACCAGUUGGAUGAUCUUGAAGAGUGAGAUAGACGGCGAGCCCCUCCCAGAGUACCUGCUGGACCCCAGGAAGUCUACCUGCAGCCUGCCCACUGACACCUCCCGGACCAACUUCCCAUACAAUAAGUGUGCUUCCCUGCCAGGAUAUGGAAGGAAUGGCAUAUACAAGGAGGUUGCCGACCAUGUUGAGGUUGACCCAGACCAGCAGGACUCCCAUAGCUGGGGAGGAAUGAGAGAGUACAAGGUGUACCCCUAUGCGGUGCUGUCUGUGACCCACAGGGUGAGGGUGAAGCUACCCAGAGAUGUGGACCGUACCAGACUGGAGAGACACCUCUCCCCAGAGGACUUCCACCAUGUGUUUGGGAUGACCCUGAAUCAGUUUGACCGCAUGGCCCUGUGGAAGAAGAACGACAUGAAAAAGAAGGCACGCCUUUUCUAAAGCCGAGCAGGAGAACGGGAGAAAAAUAAUGAUAACAUCUCCGGUCUACAACGUCUGUCCUGUCUGGAAGAAAGGAAGACAGAAGAAGAAGAAAAACAUCUGAAAUAAUCUACAUAUGCACCGUUACAACUGAGAAACAUCUCAUCUCAGCCAGAAUGAGGAGUGGUGGGGGUACUCAAUGGAAAUGGUUUCACAAUGUCGCUGUAACCGACAUCCAACGUUGAGGCGAUGUUUGUCACCUAUAGCUUUUGUAUGCGAGUGGUCUGAAUGUUACUGUGAUCACCUUUAAGGGAGGUAAGGGAGAUGCAUUUACAUGGUCCGUGACACCACUCCUCCUCCAAGCCUCUUCUCCUCUAAUCCCUCUAUGUGAGUUCUACAUCCCGCUGUCCCUUAGCAGCUUUUCUAGAAUUCAUGUGCAGGCUUUUUUCUCUUUGUUUCUGUGUUUCUCACUGGUUUCAUGUGUGUUCCUUUUACUGUGUUUGUCUCCACUAGGGACGGUUUAGUUCUUCCCUCUUUUAUCGUUCCUUUCACUGUUUUUCUAAGGUCUCACUCUCUUGCUUCAUCUUUCCUUAUCUACCGUGUCUUGUUUAACGUCUCUCUCUCUUUCUCUUUCUCUCUCUUUUUCUCUCUCUCUCCUCUCUCUCUCUGCUCUCUCAUCCCACCUCUCCUUACCUCUCAUCUUACAAUUUCUCACUCCAUCUCCUUUUCUUUCCUUCAUUUUCAUUCCUUAACCUCCCUUUCCCCACUGUAGCCUGUUCUAGCCUCUAACCCACCACAGAUUAUAGUCUCAUAUCUGAACAACAGAUGUAUCAUUUUACAGCAGUGGAGGGCAUGGCUACUCAUAACACUGCUGCAUGACAAGGCCAAAGACAGGGAUAGGAAACUACUACAGUUUGACGUCAGAAAACGUCAAAGCACCUUACUAUAUUUGUGUUUGUUUUCUCUUCAUAAAAAUGGAGAGAAAUCUUAAGUAAAAAUAAGAAAAUAUGUUUUAAGUUGGUAGUUUAUUUGAUAGCUGUGAUUUGUUACAACAAGCCACUCGUAAAUCAGUGAAGAUAGGAGAGUUGAGGUUGGAUCAGGGACAGCAGCAAGAAUCAUGGGUACCGGCUCUAGCAUUGGCACCACUGACACCCAUAGCAGAUGUGUAGAGCAUCAGGUUCUUUCAAGUCAUGUUGUCAAACACCACAUUGCCAGACACUUUUAUGUACAUGCCCUCCCAUCAACAAAAAAAACAUUAUUUUUGUAAGCUAUUUUUGACUUGUGGAAUCAUUGUCAGACGUUUUUUUAUUAAUGCUUUCAGAUCAUUUUCAGAUGAGUUAAGACACUUAUUAUGCCACGCUUAUCUGUUCGUUGUUACCACACUAUCUAACACAGACCUGCAGCAGCACUGAAGCAUAACGAGUUAAGUAUUGCUUAAUUAAUUAAUAAUGAGCUCUAUCUAUACCUCUUUCUGUGAUAGACAAUUAACCCUUUCUAUGUUUGUUCUUUAUAACCCAUUUGGCAUCAACUGUCACAUACAUUGGCUUUGCUUCGUCUCCGGAAGCUCAACCAAUCAUUCAACUGUAAGCAGUAUGUGACACAUACUGUAUAUAUUUGUCUCAGAGUUUGUUAUGCAAGCCAAGGUAUAUGUUGCCCUUAGCACAUGCAUAUGAGAGAUUGAGGUCAUCUACAAUGGAAAUGCAUGAAAGUGUGUACUUGUUUUCUCGAUGUUGUUGCUCAUUUUGUUCUUUCAUUUUGGUUCAUUCUUUUACACACACAACACAACUUUUGUCCGAUGAAAAGCCCAAUUCAGCUGCUUUAAUGUUCAAAAUGUAUUUAUAGACAUUUCAAGGGAGGAUGUGGAUGGUAUCUUUAAAUCUAAUGGGGAGGUAUAGUGGCAAAAAUACAGUCAAUCUGAAUUCAUAUCAAAUUUAAUUUAGCUCCUUCUGUAAGUAAGACUAAAUAUAAGCUCAUGUCUUCUGUCUGAUUUCUAAUGUCAAUCUGCAAUUAAAGUGCUUUAUCGAAACAAAAGAAACCACCGCAAAUUGAAGUGCUUGAGUGUGCCUCGUUGAAUGUGAAUGGCGAUAAAGUUGCAAAAUGCAUUGUCUGAAAUCUAGUGUCUGCUUUAUCGAACUAUGAUUUAUAAAGUUGAGUUUGGAAGAGUGAUUUGUGUAUGAAUGCGUGUGUAGUUAAGUUGUACAGUUAGUUUAAAUAAAAUAAUUAAAAAAUAAUUUAAAAAAUG